ACACAAAAUUUUCUAUGUCAAGCAUGGGUGACUAACGGCUUAGCUACAAAAACCUAAGUCCAAAAGUGCCUAGCCGUCUAGCUCGUCACUCCCCCGGGCUUCCCACGCGUCGGGUCUCACUACCUGAAAUGGUGGACAAGGAAAAACUAUGAGAUAAAAUAUCCCAGUAAGUAAAACAUGGAGUGCCCUCAUUAACUUAUAGCAUGCCAACAAGUGUAAUCACAAAAAUGGGUACAAUACGGGAACGAAAUAGACGUCUCCUCUAUAGGUCAUGGCCAGUGUAUUAAACUUCCCACUGGCAGGCUACACUUGAACGAACCGGUUCUAUCAAUAACAUGUCGACAUGUGCUAGCGUUUAACCCCCACUAGCAGGAUUACAAUCAAUAACAUAACCAUAUCGAAGACAAAACAGGCAAAAGUUCACAGAAAAUCAUUCUUUACCAAUCACUUUCAAAUCAUCAGGACAAUCAAUCAAAUUUCAAAAAUGCUCAGCAAGCAAGGCUGGAGCUGGCGGAAAAACCGGAGCUUAUACCCAGCAACAGCCGGCGGCAGAGGGAGAAGAAACAGAGCAGAUCUGGCGGCUUUUCUGCAAGAAAGAGAGGUCCUAAGUCCUAGACUUGUUCUUGGGCAAGAGAAGAACAAAAACCCUCAAGUUCUCUUACCAAUUUUGCAGAUGGGGACGCUGGAAAAUGGCUGGGUUCACUUUGGCUGCAGCAGGGAGAAAAACAGAGCAACGCGAAAAUGGCUGGAAAGGAGGGAAGAAGAAAACAAAAAGGAAAAGAUGAGUCAGCCGCCCUUAUCCAAUAAGGGUUUGAACCCCUUUGAAGUUUGACAAAUUGACAAUUAGGUCCAUUAACAAUGUUUCUUCGUCGUUUAGUCCCUAACUCACACUUAUUUGUUCUUGAAAUUUUGGGGUAUUACACUAAUACAUAGGAUAAUAUUAC